AUGCGCUUGCUAGGAUGUUUCACCCUCGCUUGCUGGCUCUUUGGCUUGGUGCGUUGCGUUCUUGAGCCACGUCUCAUGAGAGAUGCGGCGCCUGCUCGGGGGAUAACUGUCUUGCAGGCUGCUGUUCCAGGCCCAUCAACUUCGACAACAUGGCAUCAAGCGAUUGAUGCUUCUGGCCCAAUGGAUUUUCUGCGUCUAUACGGCGAGGCAAGCAAAGCAUUCAACUGGGUCAAGACUCAACCAAACCCGUAUACGAGAGCAGGCAAUGUGGUAGUAGCUGCGUUUUAUGACCACAAAGCCCAUAAAAUAUUCUUGUCCACCAUUCUCCGAGGGAAAUACCUGCAGUCAAUUAAUAAAAAAGGCGGCGAAGCCAUAGCCUUAGCUCCAGUUUGGGCAAAAGCGCGAAAGCAGGCCCCGGCGGGUGAUGCAGAGGACGGUGCAUUCUACUACAGAGAGGCGUCGGGCCCUAAGAUUCGUGCCGGUUUCAACUAUGGUGAUCCCGUAACAGGUAAACCAGCGGGCAGCAUGAUUGUAGCUUGGGGCGCAUCAGGCGUGAAUGCCAAUAAUGUGCGUCAGGCCCGGGGGGGAGCAUGGACUCUGUGUGCGGAUUGCAGAGCCGUCGCGUACGAGUUGGGUGUUGACUUCGAAGGGGCCAAUCCGGCCGAGUUUGGCAAGAAAACUCCCCGGCGUGAUCCCAACGAACGUCGGCCUUCGAGCGCCCCUCCAACCGUGGGACGUCCUGGAAGCCUGCCCAAUCGACCAAAUAGUCCUCCGCCCAAUCGACCAAAUAGUGCCCCGCCCAAGAGUGCUCCUUUCAGCCGUAUCCCCAGGCCCGUGGGAACACCACCCGGCAGCUCCUAUAGCGGUGGUUCAUCCCUUGACCGACUAAGUCCAGGCCAGCUCGAUGGCGCCUUUGGAGCCGGGAGUGCUAAGAGACCUGCCAGCCAGUCGCCUCCGGGCUCCGGACAACACAAACCGAAGGGGCCUAGUACUCCACCUUCCAAGAUUCCCAUCGCGCUUCCUCACAGACCGACGCCUAAGCGCACCAGUAGUAAAUCGCCUUCGAAGAGAGCCAAACGUGCUCUGAGUCGAUCUCAUAGCCGACGAAGACCCAGUCCGAGACGUGAGCGGAAAUUGCUUUGGAACUAA